GUUGGAGGCCCUGGGGGUACGGCCGCUGUCUUGUUGUGUGUCGUACAGGGUGGCGGUUGAAGGGGCCGCCGCCCAUGGCAGUGUCGUGGAGGCGGCGGUACGACAGGCGGUGCUGGCAGCGGAGUCCUACCUUUCGUCCAUCAUGCGGAGUGAUGAGGAGUUUGCUGCGGUGCAGGGAGCUGUGGAGAGGGCACUUCCUGGGUUCAGGGUGCUUGUGGUGCCUUCCUUCACUGCAACCCUGAGCCUCGGCUCCAGCUCUUCAGGUCCUGCAGGAGGACACCCGCCUUCAUCACACCCCGCAGCAGCAGCAACGCACCAACCAUCACCCCGGGCGCCGUACUAUGGAGGGGCGCUCUCUGGUGCCGUACAACCUCCACCACAACCGUCACAACUGUCACAACCGCAUAGGCCGCCGCACCCGUAUGCACCCCACCCUCAGCACCUCUACCACUACCACCCCUACUUCCAACAACAACACAACACCCACCACACUUGGGCAACGCAGCAACCACCUCAGCAACCGCCAUGGUACGGCUGGCACAUCACCAGCACCGGACCGCUGCAGACGGGCCACACACCGGCCGAACCCACGACUGAACCCACACCGACC